AUGAGCAAACACGCCAAAUCCCAGAGCACGUACGCUUUUGAGAACACCAGCACCAGCGUCGCGGCAUCGCAAAUGAGAAACUCUCUCAAUAAGAUGAUCGAUGGCGUGGAAGAUCCCGAGGCCAAGGCAAAGUUUGAAGUCGAAAUGGACUCUUUUUUUGCUUUGUUCAGACGGUACCUUACUGACAAGGCGUCUGGUACCACGCUGGACUGGAACCAGAUCCGUUCUCCGACCCCUGACGAAGUUGUUGCCUACUCCACUUUGCAAAACGCAAACAAUAGCAAUCUAUCCAAAUUGGCGGUUUUGAAGUUGAACGGUGGUCUGGGUACUUCUAUGGGAUGUGUUGGUCCUAAGUCCGUCAUUGAGGUCAGAGACGGCCAGUCGUUCCUUGAUCUUUCUGUUCGUCAGAUCGAACACCUCAACACCACCUACGACACCGAUGUCCCACUUCUUUUGAUGAACUCGUUCAACACCAACGACGACACACAGGUCAUUGUGAGAAAGUACCAGGGCCACCGUAUUCGGAUCAGAACUUUCAACCAGUCCAGGUACCCAAGAGUGUUCAAGGACUCGUUGCUCCCUGUUCCACAAUCUUACGACGACAAGCUCGAUGCUUGGUACCCACCUGGACACGGUGACUUGUUCGAGUCGCUUGUUUCCUCGGGAGAGCUGGACGUUCUGCUUGAGCAGGGUAAGGAGAUCUUGUUUGUUUCCAACGGAGACAACUUGGGUGCCACCGUCGACACCAAGAUCCUCAACCACAUGCUUGAAACAGGAGCAGAAUACAUUAUGGAGCUGACCGACAAGACCAGAGCCGACGUUAAGGGAGGUACUUUGAUCAACUACAACGGACAAGUGAGACUGUUGGAGAUCGCUCAGGUUCCAAAGGACCACACCGAGGAGUUCAAGUCGAUCAAGAAGUUCACCAACUUCAACACCAACAACUUGUGGAUCAACCUGCCAGCCAUCAAGCGUCUGGUCGAGGCCAACGCAUUGCAAAUGGAGAUCAUUCCAAACUCCAAGAGUAUCAGCGUUGGAAACUCAGAGAUGGGUGUUUUGCAGCUCGAGACUGCUGUUGGUGCCGCUAUUAGACAUUUCAAGAACGCCCACGGUGUUGUUGUGCCAAGAUCGAGAUUCCUGCCUGUGAAGACCUCGUCGGACCUGAUGUUGGUGAAGAGCGACCUGUUUAACCUGCAACACGGCGCUUUGAACCUCGACAGUGCCCGUUUUGGCGGCGCCCCACUCAUCAAGCUCGGCUCCCACUUCAAGAAAGUGUCCAACUUCCAGCAGCGAAUCCCUCACAUGCCAAGAAUCCUCGAACUGGACCACCUUACGGUUACCGGUAACGUUUAUUUCGGCAAGGGCGUGCAGCUGAAGGGUACGGUUAUUAUUGUUUGCUCCGAGGGUCAAAGGAUCGACAUCCCCAACGGCUCCAUUCUCGAGAACGUUGUGGUGACCGGAAACUUGACCAUUCUGGAACACUAA